CGAGGCCACGGGGGGUUGGAAGGAGGGCUCUGCCUCUCUCUCCUGAAUGAAUGAUGAAUUUGGACCCGGGCUGGCAGGAGGCAGGAGCAGGGAGUGCUGAGAAAACACGGAGCAGCAAAGUCCAACCAGGUGUAAAUCCAUCCCCUCUUCCCUUCCAGGGGCCAGAGGGAAACGCUCUCCCACUCACUCGAGAUUUCCCCGGAGCUGGAAAAGAAAUUCUCGGAUUUCACUGAGAAUUCGGCAAACAUCAAGGAACUUCUGGAGAAAUUCCAAGAUUUCCUGCAGUUCGAGGUUCCCUUGAGAACACAGAUGACGCUGGACCCAGAGACGGCCAACCCCUCGCUUCGUCUCUCGGAAGACUGCAAGCUCGUGCAGUGGCUACACUAUGAACAGGACCUGCCCUCCAACCCAAAAAGGUUCAAAGUCAAGCACUGUGUGCUGGGCUCGAGGGGCUUCACAUCGGGGUGGCACCGCUGGGACGUGGAGGUCCAUGGAGAAGGCUAUUGGGCCAUCGGGGUGGCCAAGGAGUCGGUUCCAAGGGACCGUUUUUUUGUCCUGAAUCCCAAUGAAGGGGUAUGGGCUCUGGGUCAUCUCCUAAAUGAGUACACGGCUCUGACCUGUCCUGAUGUCACCCCCUUGACUCUACGCCGUGUCCCCAAGCGGAUACGAAUCUGCUUGGACUAUGAGGAAGGGAGGGUGGUGUUUUUUGAUGCCGAGAGCAAAGAACGGAUCUUUGCUUUUCCACCGGCGUCUUUCCAAGGGGAGAGAGUCUUCCUGUUGUUUGUGGUGAUGGGGGAUGCUCAACUCAAACUUCUUCCCUAAGGCACCGGACAAAAAAACCCCAAAACCCAACCCCCAAAGCCCUCGAGUUACCCCUGGGAAAGAAACCAGGGGCUGGGUUUUGUCCCAAUCCCACCAAAGGGACAGGAAAGGGGAGCGGUGUUCAGGUUCCUUCCCUUUAGGGCAAAAUGGGAGCAUUUCUGUGCCUU